AUGAUCGCCAGGACCACCCUGCGCGUCAUGUUCAAGCAGCGCUUGAAGGAGGCCAUCAAGCAGGCCGAGGACGAAGGCAGUAAAUUGAUCCUCUUCAUCGACGAGAUGCACAUGCUCAUUGGCGCAGGCGAUCGAAGCGGCACCGCGGACACCGCCAACAUCCUCAAGCCGGCGUUGACCCGUGGUCGCCUCUGCUGCAUUGGUGCUACCACCUCUCAGGAGUAUUACAGGUACAUUGAGCAGGAUGUGGCGUUCGAGCGGCGGUUCCAAAAGGUUGAAAUCGGGGAGCCGAGCUUGCAAACGACCAUUGCCAUCCUGCGGGGGCUGAAGCAGAAGUACCAAGAGCACCAUGGCGUGGAAAUCGACGACGAGGCUCUUGUUGCCGCUGUAGAGCUUGCUGCCCGUUAUAUUACCGGUCGCAUAUUUCCUGAUAAAGCAAUUGAUCUCAUGGACGAGGCGUGCACUGCGGUAAAGUUGCGUGUAAGCAAACAAAGAGAAAUAAAUGCACCGGGGGAGAUACUGAUUGUGAGCCGGUCGACUGGAAUUCCUAUCACUACACUUGAUCAAGAGGAGGAAAAACUGACUUGUCUAAUAGAUAGACUUCAUGAGCGAGUAGUUGGACAGAAUGAAGCACUUAGUUUGGUUGCACAAGCAGUGCUACGUUCUAGGGUCGGCAUUGAUAAAGCAGGUCAACCGAUAUGUUCUUUCCUCUUUUUGGGCUCGAUUGGUGUUGGAAAGACAGAACUUGCUAAAGCUCUUGCCGAGAAGCUAUUUAGUAAUGAGAAAAUGUUAGUUCAUUUUGACAUGUCUGAAUAUGCUGAGAGUGGAUCUUUGUCGCGUCUCAUUGGAGGACCUCGAAGCUAUGAAGAAGAGGGACAACUCACUGAGAUUGUCAGGCGCCGGCCAUAUAGUGUUAUCCUUUUUGACGAGGUGGAUAAGGCAAACCCCUCAAUACUCAAGGUUUUUGUUCAACUCCUCAAUGAUGGUAUGUUGGUUGAUGGCAAAGGACGAGAUGUAGAUUUCAAGAAUACAAUCAUUAUUAUAAGCUCAAAUCUAGGAUCAGAGCACCUAUCAGCUGAAGUGGCGAUGGAAAAUGCACGUGAUCUUCUCAUGAAAGAGAUUGAGAAAUGCUUCAAGCCUGAUCUUAUCAACAGAUUAAGCGAGAUUGCGAUAUUUGAGCCGCUUUCACACAACAAAUUGAGGGAAAUUGUGAACAUUCAAAUGAAGAGUAUUGUUGCCAUGAUGGCAAAUAAAUGUGUUUCUCUAUCUGUGACAGAUGCCGCCAUGGAAGUCAUUUUGUCGGAAUCACACGAUAUGGUGCACGGUGCGAGGAAUAUAAAGAUGUGGGUACGAAAGCAUGUGAUGAUAAUUCUUUCAAAUAUGUUAGUUAAUAGAGAAGCAUGUAAAGGCUCAACGAUCUCCAUAGAUGCCAGUGACGAUGUACCAAGUAUUGUAGAACAAGGAGAUGCCGCCGCCACCGCCGCGCCUCUAUGCACUGCCCCAGCCACCGCUCCUCCCUGUCGCCGCCAUCAGCCGCCGCCGCCGCCGCCGUCCUUCCGGUCGCCGCCGCCGCAGCUGGUUGCCGCCGCCCCUCCCCACCACUCCGCCUUCCGCCGCCGCCGCCUCUCCCCGAGGUCGUCGCCACCGAACGCCGCUAGCUUCCGCCCAGCUCCCGUCCCACCCCCGCCCUCCCUCCCGCACCACCUACCCGUGCCGCGCACCCCACCUCCAGCCCGCGCCGCACCACCUCCCAACCCGCGCCGCACCACCUCCCAAGCCGCGCCGCGUCACGCGCCCCAAACCCUAACCCUAGCCAUGAGCUCCUCUUCCACCGUCUCAAACCCGUUCGCUGGUCCUGAUGUCACCUUCGCCCGCAACCUCAACAUCCAUGAGUGUGUCCCGGUAAAGCUUGAUCAAAACACCGCGUCCUAG